AUGGACCAGCCUCUGGAUGAGCCACGCUCAAGCAGCGCUGGGGAAGACUACGAUAACAGAAUUGUGUUGACGAUACCGUCUACGCGACUUGUGUUGCGGCUGUCUGGACUGAAGUAUAUCGCGUUCACAGUGCUAGGAAUGGCUCUUUUGUGGCCCUGGAACUGUUUUCUUUCUGCAUCAGAAUAUUUUACCGAAAGAUUCUCUUCGAAACCAUUAUUGGCCAACAAUUACUCCUCUACAAUGAUGACGAUCUCAACCUUAACUUCUACUCUCUUCAACUUGUAUUUGUCCCAGAGGCAAAAGGAUGUUGACUACGCAGCCAGAGUGAGAUUGGGACAGCGACUCACGAUUUUUGUCUUUCUCCUGAUGGGACUGAGUUGUUUGGUGGGGACGAACUCUUCGCCCGUGAUGGUGUUUGUCUUCGUUAUGAUCAAUGUGUUUCUCAGUUCCGUGGGGACUUGUCUCUCGCAGGUUGGGUGCAUGGCUCUUGUGAAUGUGAUGAAGCCAUUGUAUGCUAAUGCUGUUGUGGUUGGAAGCGCAAUAGCUGGAGUUUUACCCUCUAUCGCACUCAUUGCAAGCACGGUGUCCAUCAAGGCAUCUACUGAAGAAACCACUCAGGCUUCGGACCGUAAUUCGGCAGUUGCAGUUUACUUCUUUACGGCAUGCGCAGUCAGUGCGAUUGCUUUGGUUCUGUUUUGGUUGUGUGAACGAUUUGAUGAUUUGAAACCAGAUACACCUCCUGCUUCACAAAGCUAUAUACCGUUGGCAAACGAAGAUCCAGAUUCAGUGUUCUCUGCUGAUUCGGGCCCUUCGGAUGACGAUAUCAUCAAAACCGUCGAGCAACAGCAGCAUAGUCAUAUUCACGUCCCUUUCUCUGUUUUGUGGGCAAAACUCAAACUUUUGGUGCUGACCAUCUUCUUCACGUUCUCCGUAACGUUGAUCUUCCCAGUUUAUGCCUCCGCUAUCGAAUCGGUCAAUCACGAUUCGCACCCAGACUCGUUGUGGUUCACCAAAAGAGUAUUCAUACCUUUGGCUUUUCUUGUCUGGAAUAUCGGUGAUUUGGUGGGAAGGCUCGCCUGCUCGCUUCCGAUCUUCGUUCUGUCAUCGCAGAAGAUGAUGAUCAUCUACUCGCUUUCGCGUCUGCUCUUUAUCCCGGUGUUUUAUUGCUGCAACAUACAAAACAAAGGUGCCCUGUUCAUCUUUGACUCAGAUAUAGUAUACAUGGUUGCUCUACUUGCAUUCGGCUUCAGCAACGGGCAAUUGUACUCGUCGUGCUUCAUGAGUGUUAGUCAAUAUAUGGAUACUGAGGAGGAGAAAAAGGCGGCCAGCGGGUUUACGGCUGUCUUUUUGAGUUGUGGUCUGGCUUUUGGGAGUCUGGCAAGUUAUUUAUUUGUAGCAUUGAUAUACUAG